GUUUAGCAAUCGGAACCUGGCAGUCCCUGGCAACAUGUGGUUAGCGACAGUCCUGUUCUGUGUGGUUCCUGGAGUCCUCGGACAAAGUCUGGUACAGAAUGGCGACAUGGAGUCCUUGACCCACUGGGAUUGCGGAGGCUUCCAUUGUGAACUGACCACUGACCAUCAUAGUGGACAUCAUGGCAUCAAAGUAUCUGGACGGAGUCAGACCUGGCAAGGUCCCUCCCAGACCCUGCAUGGAAUCAAAGCUAAUGGUCUGUAUAAAGUCGAGGGGUAUAUCAAGUUGUUGAACGACCAGUCGGGUCACAUUGGACAGAAUGUCGAGCUGGAAAUUGCAGUGAGCUUAAACAAUGGCAAGACUUCCUACCUUAGUGCUGCAACCCACCCCUUGGCCAGAUCUAGUGACGGAUGGAUCCAUAUCACUGGAGAUUUUAAUGCCCCUUCGCAAGGCAUCAAGGACGUCAGAAUCUACUACCAGGGCCCGGCCACCAGCACCAACUUCGUGACGGAUUCUGUCAGUGUGACGCCUGUAGGAAGUAAUCCUAACUGGCGAGCAGAGUCAGACGCAGUCAUCAACAGAGUCAGAAAGAGUGACAUCAACUUCGCUGUCUCCCUCGCCAGUGGCAUUAACCUUGGCCAGGUUGAAAUUGACGUUAUUCAGACAAAGAAAUCCUUCGCGUUCGGAACAGCCGUAGCUUGUGAUGAAUACUUGCAUGGUAAUACAAAAUACCAGAACUUCAUCAACCAACAUUUCAACUGGGCUGUUACUGAAAAUGCGCUGAAGUGGAACAUUAUGGAACCACAGAAGGGCCAUAUCAACUACCAACUACCGCUGGACGCAAUAAACAAACUCAGGUCACAUGGAAUAAAGGUCCGGGCCCACAACAUCAUCUGGUCAGUGGACAAUACGGUGCCACAGUGGGUGCGCCCGCUGUCCGGCAACACGCUGAAGGACACGGUCAAACAUAGGAUCCAGGAUAUUGUUGGAAGAACAAAGAACUUAGUUGAACACUGGGACGUGAACAACGAGAACCUCCACGGCUUCUGGUUCCAGAACAAACUCAACGACCGUGACUACAACUUAGAUAUGUUCCGCAUCGCCCACCAAGCUGGUCCCAAUGUCAAACUGUUCCUCAAUGACUACGCUGUCGUUGCAUCAGGAGGCCUCACAGGGGCGUACCGUGAACAGGCUAUAAGGUUCAAGAACGCACACGUUGGUCUGUAUGGAGUGGGCGUGCAGUGUCAUUUCCAGCCCAACCAGUACCCAGAUCCUACGUUGAUCAAGCAACAUCUAGAUACCAUUGCGCAAGCUGGCGUCCCUAUCUGGGUGACAGAACUUGACGUGAUCAACGAUGACGCCAACAAGCGAGCUGAUUGGUACGAGACCGCUCUGAGGGCGUUCUAUGGCCACCCAGCUGUUGAGGGCAUCAUGUUGUGGGGAUUCUGGAGCAAGAGACACUGGAGAGGGGAACCGGCAGCCCUGGUGUCUGGAGACUCCUUCACAGUAAAUGCUGCGGGGAACAGGGUCCUGAAUUUGCUGGAGAAGCAAUGGAUGACCCACGUGUAUCACAAGCUGACGGGGCAUAACUUCAAGGUACGCGGCUUCCAUGGCAACUACGAAGUCCGAGUCAAGAUUAACGGCAAAGAAAAUACUUCACUCCGUCAGCAUUUCACGCUUGGAAGCGCAUCACACUCCGUUCACAUCCAUGUAACUCACUGAUAUCUGUCGCAAAGGAAAGGGUUUACUUCUCCAAUAAAAGCUUCUUAAUCUAAA